AUGGAUGAUUGGAAGAAGUCACUUACCGACUUAAAAGAUGCCAAAGAAAGCAUUAAUGUCGAUCUGCGGGUGAUUGGGAACCAUACUUUGAGCAAAAUUGAUUCGACGAUAUCAGAACUUCAGGGAAAAGCUGACAAGAUUAUUCGAACAUUGGGAGACAUCAGCCAGGAUUUAAGCAUCACAAAGCUCCCUUGCGCCAAAUUCGCCGGAUUCAAUGCCUUUGACCCAUCAGCUCGAGUACCAUCCGCAAAAUGCCUCGAAAACACCAGAAUCGAAAUUCUGAAAGAUAUUGAGAUCUGGGGAAUGGAGAGCGAUGAGAGGUGUAUAUCCUGGCUCAACGGAAUGGCGGGCACUGGGAAAUCCACUCUGACAGAUUCUUUGCCGGAGUUGCGCCUCUAUCUGAAGGAAGCGAUAGACAAAGAUCGAACAAUUGGUGAACAGACGCCACAGAACCAGUGGGAGCGACUUAUACUUGAACCCCUUUCCGAGCUGGACAAAAGCCUCAUGUUGCCUCUUCCUGUUGUGAUAAUCAUUGAUGCAUUAGAUGAGUGUCGGAACCAUGAUCAGCAUGGUAUCAUGGGACUCUUCUCACAGGCGAAAAUAUUCAAUAUGAUCCGUCUUCGCACUCUCAUUGUCAGCAGACCCGAAAAGCCAAUAGUGAAAGGAUUCCAAAAGCUUCCCGAUCAUAUUUAUCGAGAAUGGAAACUGGACUCUGAUGCGCAAACUCCGCAGACCAGGCGCGAUCUUGACACAGAGUGGCUGGGCGAGGAAGCAAAGCGCAAGUUGGCAAAGCGGACCGGUCGCUUGUUCAUUUAUGCUGCAACAGUGUGCCGAUUUUUGGAAGGAAACUUCCCUGAAGAAAGACUUGGGAUUUUACUCUCAACCGAAUCGACUGAUGACUCUCCAACGGCUGAUCUCGAUGAAAUUUACUCUAUGGCGCUACGUCAGAAAACCACGGAAAGUGCCGAGAAGGCCACUCUCAUCGCCCUCUUUCAAAAGAUUGUUGGCACCAUUAUUCUCUUGAACGAAAAACUUUCCCCACUGAGUCUAUCCAUGCUUCUGGACACUCCACUGCGAAAAGUUCGUAUUCUACUGGACAUGCUUCGUUCUGUUCUGGUGGUUCCGGACGACGAUACUGCGGGAAUCUACCAAUUCCUGACCACUCACCUCUUGCAUCGGAUAGAGGUCCUAGGUCUGAUAGGGAAGAUUUUUGACGGCAUUGGCAGUAUUAUAAUGUUGGAAGGCCUUAUCCAGUCUGUACAAGAUUCCAAAUUGCGUGAAUUUGUGUAUGAUGCGAAACGUUUCAUGUUUCAUGUGCGGUAUGUGAUCGAGGAAGCUCCUCUACAACUUUACUGCUCAGGUCUCCUUUUCACGCCCCACAACAGCAUUGCCAGGAGGCUAUUUGAACACAAAAUUCCACCGUGGUUUGAGAAGUUACCUACAAUGGAGGAGAAAUGGUCACCCAUUGAGCAGAAGUUGCAAGUUCCGAACUAUCCCUGGUUCACUACGAUUUCUAGUGAUGGCAAGAUGGUUGCAUCGGGCUCCAUGGACGAUGAGCAGAUUUACAUAUACGAUACAGUCACAGGAAAGCAAAUCUCGAAGUUCACAACUAAUAAACCAAUUAUGGCUCUCAAGUUCCAAGAAAGCGAUACCAAGUUAGCUCUCGUCAAUGAUGUCGGCGAAAUCAAGCUUCUGGACAUCUCCACAGGCGAAGAAGAGCUCAUUUUUCAGUUUCCCCCACCAGAUUGUCAUGAUUAUCCUAAACCUGUGGCUUAUGCAGAUCUGCAGAUCUAA